AUGCAGCUCUACAGCACUAGCGUCACUCAUUAUCCGGCCGCGGCAGCAGCAGCAGCGGCGGCGGCGGCGGGAAGCGGCGCGUCCAGCGGGCCCGGUGUCGUUUUCAAAGUCUCUCCUUCGCCAGAGCCCGCGGGACAAAGCCCGGUAGGAAUCGAGAGCGACGUCGGAGGUGGCGGAGGAGGGACCCCGAGUGCCGUCACAGCGGGAACAGCCACCACCAUGCCGGCCUUCUCUUGCCUGGAACUGCUGCCUCCGGCCGGGCCCGUCCAGAGGAAGCCGCCGCAACAGCACCAGCAGCCGCAGUUAUUUGACUCCACGGCACAAAUGGCCCGCCGCCGGCACCUGGAGAGAAUCAUGCCCAUCCGACUGCGGCAGCACUCGGAGUCCGUCGGAGCGGUGGGGGAGUUGGACCCGCAGAGUUCUACGAAUGACCACCCGUGGCUGUUGCUGGAGAGCAGCGGGAGCGAAGUCGCGGCCGCCGCCCAGCCAACCUUGCAGCCGGAGCCUAGCAAUCGCGGGCUCCGCUUCAACGAGCAUUGCCAGGCCUUGCAAGCGGCGGCGGCAGCCGGCUCUUACUCGGGACUCGGAGUUGAGUCUCAGCCCGCCACCACGUUGAAAGUUGCCGAGGAGGCGAGCCCCAGCCAGUUGCGUCAGACGGAGCGGAGCGAAAAGCUGGCGCUGUACCUGGCCGAGGUGGAGAAGCAAGACAAGUACCUGCGGCACAAAGGUCGCUUCCGCUUCCAUGUCAUUCCCGACGGCAACUGUUUGUACCGCGCCGUCUGCAAAGCCAUCAAUGGGGACCAGCGGCUGCACAGGGACCUUCGCGAACAGACAGUGCACUACAUCGCCGACCACCUGGAGCACUUCGCACCCAUCAUCGAAGGUGACGUGGGAGAGUUCCUCAUCAACGCAUCCCAGGACGGCGCCUGGGCUGGCUAUCCUGAGCUUCUGGCCAUGGGGCAAAUGCUGAACGUCAAUAUCCACCUCACCACCGGAGGCAGAUCCGAGAGCCCUACCAUCUCCACCAUGACCCAUUACCUGGGCCCCGAGGAUCCGAGCCGGGGCAGCAUUUGGUUGAGCUGGCUUAGCAACGGCCACUAUGAUGCUGUGCUAGAUCGUCAGUGUCCCAAUCCAGAAUAUGAGGAGUGGUGCAGGAAGACUCAGGUGCAGCGCAGGAGGGAUGAGGAGCUGGCCAAAACCAUGGCAAUGUCCUUGUCCAAGAUGUACAUUGAGCAGAAUGCCUGUUCCUGAGAGAGGCAUUGCAUCCCUUGCCUGCUGUUCUGGUGCCUUAAUUGUUCUCCAUUUCUUUCUCUAGCAGUUGUAAUUCGUACAUGGAGCAAAAACCUGUAGAGAAGGAAGGGAGAGUGAGAUUUAAAAUGAAUGCUUAUCUAUAGAUUAUCAGAUACUAGUUAUUUUCCUAUCUUUUGUGUAUAUAAUGUUUCUUUUAUUUCUGUACACUCUGUUCUUUAAGAGAGGAUAUUUUUUCUUUUUGCACUUUUUCUAGUCUUUGUUUGCCACCAAAAUAAAGUUUAAUUUCAUCCUUUGUUUGCCUACAGGUUUUUUUUCCUGGCCUAUAUGGCUGAUAGCAUAACAGUUAUUUUAUAUUAAUAUCUGACACAUUCACAGUAUCAUUCUUUCAAUGAACAACUACAUUGCUAGCCCACAUUUUUGUCUUUCCUUGGUAGAUGAAAAUAAAUUUUCGUUACCCUUUAAAAAUAUAAUUUUAAUACAAAAUAUUUACCUAGCAACUCUCAGAAAAAGUAACUGCUUCAGAGCAGGAUUUCUUGAGAUAAUGUGGCUUCUUAGCAAAGGUUGAGAGCAGUUGGGCUUCUGGUUUCAGGUGGAGUAAGCUGGGUUUUCAGUUUGAUUGAUCUUUUUUGUUUGUUAAUCACACAAACAAUGUGGUUUUAACUUGCUCUUUUAGGAGUAUAAAUGCCUCCUGUCUGCCCCUUGGUAGUCCAUCAGCAGGUUUAUCACAUUCUUUUGUUUCUAAUUGGCUUAAGAUGGUAUUAUGUACAAAUAUAUUUAUACUAAGUUUGUAUGGUUUGCUGGGUCAAACAUUCAAGGUAGAAACUACCCUCUUCAAUUUUGAAUGAACUGAAAUGGUUAGAUAUAUUUAUUUAAUGGAGUUUGUACUUUUUUAUUUUGUGACUUUGGAAUUUAUACUGUAUUUGUAUAAUAGCAAUAUUCUUAGCAUUCUGGAAUAAAUGUAUAGUUUUGCUUGGAUCUGUGA